AUGGCCUACAGUUGACUUAUAUGAUCUAAAAUAUAUAGGGAUAUCUUCUAGAAAAACAAUUCGAGCUGCAAUAUUAAUUCAAAAAUGGUAUCGACGAUGUUUGGCUCGCCUCGAGGCAAGACGUCGUGCGUCUUGGAGUAUUUUCACGGCUUUAGAGUAUGCCGGUGAGCAGGAUCAGCUCAAGUUGUAUAAUUUUUUUAGUGAUGUCAUAAGGGCGAUGUCCGAAACGGAAAAUGGUGGAAAUCGAUCAAUUGAAGUUAGAAAUGUGCAAAAUUUUUUAGAUUCGAAGAAUGAUGAACAACAAAAACUUUUGGAAGCAACCAAUCCAGAACUUUUUAAAGUUGAAAAAUCUUAUAAGGGUCCGGUGAUCUCGCUACCAUUAAAAAAGGUGCAUCUUGAAUCAAUGGUUGAUGCCUUUAGACAAAAUCGAGUAAUUCAUAUCAGCUAUUUGUUAACAAUUUUGCGAGAAGCUCGUAAAAUUUUCAAGACUUUGCCCACUGUUGUAAAUUUAUCGACGAGUUUAUCGAAACAGGUUACGAUUUGUGGAGAUUUGCAUGGAAAAUUUGAUGAUUUAGUAAUUAUUUUAUACAAGAAUGGUUACCCAUCAGUGAACAACCCAUAUAUAUUUAAUGGUGAUUUUGUCGAUCGAGGUUUGCAAAGUAUUGAAGUAUUUGUUUUUUUAUGCGCUUUAGUUGUAUUAGACCCCUCUUGUGUUAUACUUAAUCGUGGAAAUCAUGAAGACAAUAUUAUGAAUCUGCGAUAUGGAUUUGUUAAAGAAUUAUCAAAUAAAUAUGAGGCUUCUUCAGCGGUACUUAUGCGCUUAUUAGAGGACAUUUAUUCUUGGUUACCUCUCGCGACAAUAGUGAAUAAUAAAAUUUUUGUUGCUCAUGGCGGAAUUUCAGACAAAAUUUCUGUCGAAGAAUUGAAAAAUUUACCUCGGAACAAAUACCGCUCAAUUUUGCGACCCCCGCUUUACGAAAUGAAUGAAAAUGGUAAAAAACACGCAAAUAUUCGAGAUUGGAAGAUGAUUUUGGACGUAUUAUGGAGUGAUCCCAAACAACAAAACGGCUGUUCUCAUAAUUUAUUUCGCGGCGGUGGAUCUUAUUUUGGUCCAGAUAUUACAAAGAAUUUUCUUGCUAGCAAUGAUUUGAAACUUAUAGUACGAUCGCAUGAAUGUAAAUAUGAAGGCUAUGAAUAUACACACGACAACAAUGUUUUGACGAUAUUUUCGGCUUCAAAUUAUUAUGAAAUCGGUAGUAAUCGUGGUGCCUACGUCAAAUUUCUUGGUGAUAAUCUUGAACCACAUUUUGUACAAUAUAUGGCAACUAAAGUUCAUCGUAAAAUUACGACCAGGGAAAGACUAAGUAUUAUUGAACAUUCGGCAAUCAGUAAUCUUCGAAAUAAAAUAGCUGCUUUUAAUUCAGAAUUACAGCAGGAAUAUGCCAAACUCGAUAUUCAUCGAACAGGUAAACUGUCGAUUCAUAAAUGGUGUGAAUGUGCGGAGCAAGUCACACGUUUGAAUCUCCCAUGGCAUAGAUUAGCUAAUCAACUGGUUCCUCUAUCUCCUGACGGCACAGAAGUUCUCUACCUCGAAAAUAGACCCACGAUACUUGUUGGUAAAACGAAUAAACGACAAAAUAAUAAUGUUGAUGUUGUUGAAACUCUAUACAGGCAUAAAAGCACUCUUGAAACACUAUUUCGAUUUAUGGAUAAGGAUAAUUCAGGACUGGUGUCGAUGGAUGAAUUUUUUGAAGCAUGCAAUGUGUUGGGUCAAUAUAUUCGGUCACCACUCUCACGUUCACAAAUCGAACAAAUUGCAGAAAGCAUUGAUUUCAAUAAGGAUGGCUUUAUCGACCUUAACGAAUUACUUGAAGCAUUUCGGCUUGUCGACCAAAUCCCUGAAUAA